AUGGCUUCUUUCAAUCUAAGUGGCAACUGGGUAUUGGACAAGGCCCGGUCAACCAACCUAGAUGCAGUCCUAAAACUGCAAGGAGUCGGCUGGGUAACGAGGAAGGCCAUUGGGGCGUCGAAGAUGACCCUGAAGACCACUCAGAGCUCGGAAACCCAUGGCUCGACAGGUGAAGCAGCUGAAUGGAUAAUGUUCGAGGCUGGACUAGCAAGUGGUCUGAAAGGAGUGCCUGAGAGGCGUCCCUUGACGUGGACCGAGUUCAAGCACAACGAUACGAUCUUUGGCCCUGUCUUUAUUCGCAGUCAGUACGUUUCCGGAGAAAGGACUUCAGAUGGACGAGUCCGCCCCCUUGUCGAGCUGCAGACUAAAAAUAUUGGGUCUGGAAUUCUACAUGGCCUGACUGAAGCCAUCGUCAUAGACCAGGAAGAUGAAGCUCCAGGGACGACUGUCGAGAAAGCUUUCAUUCACGAUUUUGUUCGUAGUGUCGAUUUUGGAUGGACGGCUGAGCAGAUCUGGGCUGUGGAAAUAGUUGGCGAGGAGAAGCUCUUGACACGCAGGGCUGUUGUCGUGAAAGGCAUGUCAAUUGAGUCUGUCUGCGCUCGCUAUAAACGUGAAUGA